GCUGUAACCGUGCUGUUCGUCCAAAAUGUUCUCUGCUUUCCGACAAGUCUCUCGCCCUGCGGCGUUCGCUGUGCGUGCUGCUCACAGACCGUCUGUAGGCGCCUUCCGAGUCGCCUCUUUUGCGCGAACACUUGUUACUGUCAGGUAUACGGAAGAUCAUGAGGCAGUCAAAUUUGACGACAGCACGGGGACGGGGACGGUCUACAUCACGGACUACGCUCAGUCCAGUUUGGGCGACGUGGUUUUCGUCGAGCUACCGACGGAAGGAACAGAGGUCUCAAAGGGCGACCAAAUUGGUGCCGUCGAAAGUGUGAAGGCUGCCUCAGAUAUCUACGCCCCUAUCUCUGGCACAGUUGCAGAGGUCAACGCCGGCCUCGCAGACCAGCCGGGAUUGCUGAACAAGUCCCCAGAAGACAAGGGUUGGCUCUGCAAAAUCAAGGUUAAGGACGCGUCCGAGAUUGAGUCACUCCUGACGGAAGACGCGUACAAGAAGCACUGCGAGUCAUGAACAUAGCAUGCACGCAUGCGCGUAGCGGCCUUAUCGAGACGGCUUCAACUGCCGAAGGCACUUUCGACUUGCAGCACGGCUUCGGGUGCUCGCAAGAUUCUUUGUUUGGGCAUAGACCUGUUGUCGCAUAUGUAGCGUACAAAAUGACAGCAGAUUCAUAUUGAUGUGGUGA